AUGCGCAGGCGCGUGCUCCGAGCUUGGCCCGGCUCGGACCCAGAUCCCGAGAGCUUCUCCGCGCCGGGCUCCGCGCGCAGCCGCUAACUGCCCGCUUUGCUCGGAGUCGACUUGGCAAGUGCGCACGCGCGGGAGUUUCUGGCAGAAGGCAGACGAGCCCGGGCCGGCGCGGGGCCUUGUGGGAGGGCUUAAGGAAGUAAAAUGGCGGACCUGGCGAACGAAGAGAAACCUGCCAUUGCUCCGCCCGUCUUUGUGUUUCAGAAGGAUAAAGGACAAAAGUCCUCUGCAGAGCAAAAAGACUUGUCGGAUUCGGGAGAGGAGCCUCGGGGGGAGGCUGAGGCCCCCCACCAUGGCACGGGUCACCCCGAGUCAGCUGGUGAGCAUGCCCUAGAGCUUCCUGCCCCCGCUAGCGCUUCAGCCAGCGCUCCUGAAGCCCAGCUUCUUCCUUUUCCACGAGAACUGGCAGGGAGGUCAGCCGGAGGCUCCAGCCCCGAAGGUGGAGAAGAUUCUGACCGAGAAGAUGGAAAUUACUGCCCUCCUGUCAAGCGAGAAAGAACAUCCUCUUUAACGCAAUUCCCGCCUUCACAGUCAGUAUCAAAAAACAAUGUUUUUAUGCCAUCCACCUUCUGCGAGCCAUCUGCAGGCAAUUCUGACUCAGAACCAGAGGAAAAGAGCAGUGGAUUCCGGUUGAAGCCGCCGACCCUGAUCCACGGCCAGGCACCCAGUGCAGGUCUGCCGAGCCAGAAGCCCAAGGAGCAGCAGCGGAGCGUGCUUCGCCCAGCAGUGCUACAAGCCCCGCAGCCCAAGGCGCUCUCACAGACCGUCCCAAGCAGCGGCACCAACGGGGUCAGUGUCCCAGCAGAUGGCCCGGGGGCAGCGACAUCGGCUUCGCCUGAGAACCCCGCCCGGAGGAGUCCCUCUGACGAGGCACCAGCACUUGAGGAGAAAGACUCCCAGGAAGGUGAGUCUAGCAGUGCUCCCGAGGAGAAGCGCGAGAAGAGGGAGCCGGCCGCGCAGCAGGCGUUCGUGUUCGGGCAGAACCUGAGGGACAGGGUUAAGUUAAUAAAUGAGAACGCUGAAGUAGUGGACAUGGAGAACACCGGACACCCCAGUUCAGAAGCGCCAGCCGCCACCAACUACUUCCUUCAGUACAUCAGCUCCAGUUUAGAGAGCUCAGCCAACAGUGCCGACGCCGCCAGCAGCAAAUUCAUAUUUGGCCAGAACAUGAGUGAGCGCGUGUUGAGCCCGCCCAAGUUAAACGAGGUCAGCCCAGAUGCCAACAGAGAAAAUACAGUGGCCGAGUCCGGGUCCGAGUCCUCGUCCCAGGAGGCCACCCCCGAGAAAGCUAAUAACAUUGCAGAGUCCCUGGCCGAGUCGGCAGCCGCCUACACCAAGGCGACGGCGCGGAAGUGCUUGCUGGAGAAGGUGGAGGUGAUCACCGGGGAGGAGGCCGAGAGCAACGUGCUGCAGAUCCAGUGUAAGCUGUUUGUCUUUGACAAGACCUCACAGUCGUGGGUGGAGAGAGGCCGGGGGCUGCUCAGACUCAACGACAUGGCAUCGACUGACGAUGGGACGUUGCAGUCCCGACUAGUGAUGCGGACCCAGGGCAGCCUGCGGCUGAUCCUCAACACCAAGCUGUGGGCCCAGAUGCAGAUGGACAAGGCCAGUGAGAAGAGCCUCCGCAUCACAGCCAUGGACACCGAGGACCAGGGCGUGAAGGUCUUCCUCAUCUCGGCCAGUUCCAAGGACACGGGCCAGCUGUAUGCGGCCCUGCACCACCGCAUCCUGGCCCUGCGCAGCCGCGUGGAGCAGGAGCAGGAGGCCAAGACGCCGGCCCCCGAGCCCGGGGCGGCCCCGUCCAACGAGGACGACAGUGAUGACGAUGACGUCCUGGCUCCGUCGGGGGCCAGCGGAGGCGGCGCCGGCGACGAAGGGGACGGGCAGACGGCCGGGAGCACAUAGCGCCGGGAGCCGGCUGCCCACGAGCCUGCUGCUUUGUCCGUCUGUCCGCCCGCCCGCCCGCCCCUCCCUCCGGCAGCGUCGAGGCGCGGGGCUCGGGAACCACACCCCCGCUGGGUGGCCGCAGUCUGGAUCCGCACGUCCCGUUCAGAAGCAGACUCGGGAACUGCCUGAAUGUGGUUUGGGACACGAACCUCAUCAUAUUGAUGAGCAAAACGAAAAAGAACAUUUCUUCCCUCCCCACCUUGAAUUGAAAUGGCACAUUAAGACUUGUCACGGCUUCUCACUGGGACUGGGACCCCUCGUUUCUUCACCCCACCCUCCUCGUGUUGCCGGCUCUCCCCGCCUCCACCUGCCCGGGCACCGGGUCUGUCCACACAAUGUCACGCUGGGCCUGCUGGACUUUCUGUUACUACUGUCUUUACCUCCCGGCUCCCACGUUCUGAUUUGGGGGGUUUAUUUUUAGACCUUUUCUUUCCUCCCCCAGGGCUUUGUGUUUGGUUUCCUAGAUCGAGGCACUUCUCUUCUGUGUGUUGAGCAGGCACAGCUCCGUCGCGGGCUGCGUCCUCGUUCCCCCUGUGGCCCUGGCCCCGUGCUGGGGGUGCUCAGAGAGCUGCUCGGGGGCUGGGCCCACGUGUUCCCCACCUGGGGUUCCUCCAGGCCAAGUCGUGGGGUGCGGAGGGGUUGGGCCCUGGGCCUGGAGAGCCUAUCUAGAAAAGGGUCACUGGACAUGGGAGGGGAGGGCCCCCCCCGGGAGGGCCCCCCCAUCCUCCUGUCUGUCCCCAUAACAUGGGUCACCCGUCAUCAGGCACCCAGGUGCAAACCUGCUUCCUGCUGUUGGCCGUCCCUUCCUUGCCCAGCCCUGGACGUCUCUGCCCCCAAGACCGUCGAGGGCUGGGGGCCUCUGUGAGAGGCAGAGGGGGACCCUGGCAGGGCCUUCAAGGAGGGGGCAGCGAGCGGACCGGUUGCAGACGACGGGCAGAACCCAUGCUUGCAGCACACACAGGAGCGGCGCCCUCUGCCCGCCCCACCCCGGAGCGUGGCCAAGAGCCAGCUGGGUGCCGCCCGCCUGGCGAGGCCCGCAGAGGAGGCCUCUCUGCACGGGGCCCUCACAGGGUGAGGGGGAGGCCCGUCUGAGCUGUGCCGCCCACACCUCAGGGUGGCCUGUGCAGCCCGCGUCCGCGUCCGCGCCUGAGCCACGGGACGACACCAAAGGCGCUCCCAGCAGAUCCGGUCACACUUCUCUGCUUUAAGCCUUAGCCAACUAGUGACAAGUAAAACCAGAUAACGCCCAUGUGUUUUGGAACAUUUAUGUAAGAUUGUCAUAUGAAAUGUAUUUGGGAACUACAUUAAAACUUUUAACUAAAA